CACACUUAAUUUUAUAUAAUACAUAUCCAUAAUCUCCAAACGUUUUAAUAUCUAUUGGUUCUCCACUCUCCUGACAUUUUUGUUCCUGUAGAUCUUAUCAUGUGAGUUACUUAGGAUACAAAGACCUAUUGGCAAAAGUUUGGACUCCUAAACAGGGUUCAUUCUGAGAACGAUUUCCAAUUAUUUGUCUAACCUGGAAUCUGUGUUUACUUUCAUCACGUCAUGCAGCGGCAGUGUGAGUGUCCAACCAAUCACACACGCUACAUGUUAUACUAGUCUAUCAGCCUUUCAGCUUAUUUUGACUCAGUUUUAUGGGAACAUAACAGAUAAACAACUGCAAUAAAGCUCUGUUACUGUAGGUCGAAUAUUAACCAGACAUAAUUUUUUAAAGAGAAACAUUUACUCUCGAAGAGUGUGUAUCAUUUCAGAGUGGAUAUGUUGACUUUCGUGUUUGUGUGCCUCUCUAUCUCAGUCACAGGCCUAUAUGCAUCUUUUACGGUUAGCGUUAGUAAUCCCUUAAUAACCGUUAAAGAGAAUGAGGGAGUUGACUUGAAAUGUUCCUACACCGCUGACUUUGGAGCAACACCCAGAGUAGAAUGGAAGUUCAAGGAUCUCAAGGGCUAUCAGUUUUUCAUCUACUUUGAUAGCAUGCUAACUGCUGAAUAUGAAGGCCGUAUCACUGUGUAUAAUGGAGGUCUGAGAUUUGACAAGGUGACGCAAGCAGACACUGGAGACUAUGACUGUGAAGUGUCUGGAAAUGGUGGUUAUGAUGAGAAGACCAUCAAACUCACUGUCCUUGUGCCUCCUUCCAAGCCCGUAUCCAGAAUUCCUUCUUCAGUUACAACAGGCAGUAACGUCCUUCUGACCUGCUUCGACAAUGUUGGCUCUCCCCCACCCACCUAUAAGUGGUACAAAGACAACACUCCCCUCCCUGAUGAUCCCAGCAAGUUCCCCACAUUUAAAAACCUCACCUACAAGAUGAAUGUUUUCAAUGGAAACCUGGAGUUCCCGAGUGUGUCUAAGCUGGAUAUCGGUUCAUAUUUCUGUGAGGCCGGUAAUGGAGAAGGCGUCACUCAGCGGGGUGAUGCAGUGCGGAUGGAAGUCCUUGAUGUAGACAGCAGCCAAGUGCCAGCUGUGAGGGGCACCUUGAGCACGGAGACACAGAAUGUGCUGAGCAAGAUCACCAUGAACCACAUGCUGGAAAAAAUGUAUGGUGUAUUCACGUUACAAGAGGUGAAACUAAAACUAGAGAUACAAAAACUGGAAUUAGAAAUAACCAAGUUAAAACUGGAGCUGCAAAAACGUGGACAUGAAGUGUAGAUUCCAUUCAACAUCACUGCUAUGAGUCCAAGAAUUGAUUUCAUGUAAUGGUUUCUGAUAUUUUUUCAUUAAUUUCAUUAAUAUAUAAUGUUAUGUUGUUAUACUGUGAGCCUUUGACUGAUGAACUACAAUAAUGUAGUACUACAUUUUUUUCUGUUCAACAUAUUCACCCACAUUUUGCAUAUAUGUAUAACAAAUUCAAGCUAGUCAUUGUUUCAGUUUUCUAUGUCACUCAGACAGUGUCUUCUACAAUCAUUUAUCAACCAUAAUGCCCAGAUCCAUUUUCAUCUCCUGCCUCAGAUCUUCAAAGAACUUGGUCUUUCUCCAGCUCUGAGAGUGCAUGGUCUUUACCAUAAAGCAUUUUGAGUAUUCAGAGUAAAUGUAGAAUUUAGAAGUCUGAGUUACAGUCAUAUUGUUUGAAUUUCUUACCUUAUUGUGUAGUAGAACAAUGCAGACUAGUUUCAUUCUGAGCUCUCCAUGCAGGGAUUUGUUUUGGCUUGUGUUACAAUGGGUUUGUUUGAA